UAGGAUAACACAUAUUCCCAAUCCUCUUUCUCUAUUGCUAACCCCAUUUUCAUUUCCAAACCCUCUCUUCCUCCAAUGGCAAUUUCUUCAGCAGCAGCGGCAGCAGCAACAGCUACAACUGCCACUGCAACAGCAACUUCAGCUUCCUCAAAGUUCAUAUACCCGCAUGCUUCUCGCUCCCCUUCCCUCUCUCUCUCCCUCAAACCUCACUCACCCACAACCCACCUUUCCUCUUCCUUCAUCAACCCCUCCACUAUCCUCCACCUCACUCCAACCACCACCACCACCACUCGCCACCGCUCCUUCACAGUCCGCGCCGCUCGCGGCAAGUUCGAGCGCAAGAAGCCCCACGUCAACAUCGGCACAAUCGGCCACGUCGACCACGGCAAAACCACCCUCACCGCCGCCCUAACCAUGGCCCUCGCUUCUCUCGGCAACAGCGCCCCCAAGAAAUACGAUGAAAUCGACGCCGCGCCGGAAGAGCGCGCUCGCGGUAUCACCAUUAACACCGCCACUGUGGAGUACGAGACGGAGAACCGCCACUACGCCCACGUGGACUGCCCCGGCCACGCCGAUUACGUGAAGAACAUGAUCACCGGCGCCGCCCAGAUGGACGGCGCCAUCCUUGUUGUCUCCGGCGCCGACGGACCAAUGCCGCAGACGAAAGAGCACAUCCUGUUGGCGAAACAAGUGGGUGUUCCGAACAUGGUUGUGUUUCUGAACAAGCAGGACCAGGUUGAUGACGAGGAGCUUCUGCAGCUGGUGGAGUUGGAGGUUCGAGAGCUUCUUUCGUCUUAUGAGUUCCCCGGUGACGAUAUCCCCAUUAUAUCUGGUUCUGCAUUGUUGGCUUUGGAGGCUUUGAUGGCGAACCCUGCACUCAAGCGUGGCGAAAACGAGUGGGUUGAUAAGAUUUAUGAGCUUAUGGAUUCUGUUGAUAGCUACAUUCCAAUCCCUCAGAGACAAACUGAUCUUCCCUUUUUGCUUGCCAUUGAAGACGUGUUUUCCAUCACGGGUCGUGGAACCGUGGCCACUGGCCGUGUUGAGAGGGGUACAAUUAAGGUUGGUGAUACGGUUGAUAUUGUUGGUGUGAGGGAAACUAGGAACACUACUGUGACCGGGGUGGAAAUGUUUCAGAAGAUUCUUGAUGAUGCCAUGGCUGGGGAUAAUGUGGGGCUGUUGCUCAGAGGUAUCCAGAAGGUUGAUAUUCAGAGAGGGAUGGUUUUGGCUAAGCCUGGAAGUAUUACACCUCAUACCAAGUUUUCUGCAAUUGUGUAUGUCUUGAAGAAGGAAGAAGGUGGAAGGCAUUCACCCUUCUUUGCUGGUUAUAGGCCACAGUUCUACAUGAGGACUACUGAUGUCACUGGCAAAGUGACAUCCAUUAUGAAUGACAAGGAUGAGGAGUCAAAGAUGGUGAUGCCGGGAGACCGUGUUAAGAUGGUGGUUGAACUUAUAGUGCCCGUUGCUUGUGAACAAGGUAUGCGAUUUGCUAUUAGAGAAGGAGGAAAAACUGUUGGAGCUGGUGUUAUCCAAUCGAUCAUUGAGUAGAUUGUGAGAUUGGUUUCCAACUACAUUACUCUUACGUGGUGGACAAAUUCACUAUCAUCGGUUUGUGCAAUUUACUUUUGCCAUUUUACACCACUUCUGCCAUAUCCAUUUUCUUAUAUUUUGUAGGUUUUUAGAAGAUGUUUAGACAAGUUGGAUAAUAAUUUUCCAGUGCUUUGUUUGACUGACUUCUCUUUUAUAGUCUCAAUUCAUCUGUUAAGUACUUGAGCAAGA